GUGGCAUUACCCCGCUUGUCAUGAAACCCCCACACCGGCGUCAACAGCGGCGGUAAUUUAUGCAGGGAAGUAUCUUCACGAGAAUCUUGGAAGCUUUGUAAAUGCCACUGCUCGCCGCGGAGUCCGAUCUGCUAGAUAUACCAGCAUAUAUUUGCGGUAACCGUUUGUCUAUAUAUGACUUUUACCAUUCAUUCCAUCUCCUGAAACAGAAUCUACUGCCAGUCUCACAUACGCGUCACAAAACCCAUCAAGCCAAAUCAUGACUGUGCCCUCAGUUGACCUCGCUGCACCAAACGGUGUUAAAUGGAGCCAGCCUGUUGGGCUGUUUAUUAAUAACGAGUUUGUCGCGUCAUCCACCGGCGAGACAAUCGCGUCUAUUGACCCAGCUACCGAAGAAGUUAUUGUUAGUGUUCAUGCUGCCAGUGCCGAAGAUGUAGACAAAGCUGUAAAGGCCGCAAAGACGGCUCUGAAAGCGCCAGACUGGAAACUGCUUUCAGGCUCUGAACGAGGCCAGUUGAUGUGGCGCCUCGCUGAUCUAAUGGAGGCAAAGAAGGAACUCUUUGCAACAAUUGAAGCGUGGGAUAAUGGAAAAAGCUAUCGCGAAGCAUUGGAGGUAGACCUUGUCGAAGCUGUAGCUGUGAUACGGUAUUAUGCUGGCUUCUGUGAUAAAUACUUUGGACAAGUAAUCAGCACAACGCAUCAAAAAUUCGCGUACACUCUCCGCCAGCCGAUUGGAGUUGUUGGUCAGAUCAUCCCAUGGAAUUAUCCCCUAUCAAUGGCUACCUGGAAGCUGGGGCCUGCCCUUGCUUGCGGCAACACCGUGGUGCUCAAAGCUGCGGAGCAGACGCCGUUGAGUAUCCUCGUUCUUGGAGAGCUUAUAAAGGAGGCAGGUUUCCCGCCUGGAGUUGUAAACUUCAUCAAUGGGCUGGGCAAAGACGCUGGCUCUGCUCUGGUAAACCAUCCUUUAGUCGAUAAAAUUGCCUUUACGGGCUCAACGGCCACGGCCUCAAGCAUUAUGGCAACUGCGGCCAAGACGUUGAAGAAUAUCACUCUCGAAUCAGGAGGAAAAUCGCCUCUUUUGGUGUUCAAAGACGCUGAUAUGGACCAGGCCGCCAAAUGGUCUCACUUGGGAAUCAUGUCUAAUCAAGGACAAAUUUGCACUGCUACGUCCCGAAUCUUGGUCCAAGAUGAGGUGUAUGACGACUUUGUCAAGAGAUUCCUUGAGACUGUAAGCACGACGAGCAAAGUAGGCCACCAGUGGGCGGAAGACACAUACCAGGGCCCACAGGUAUCCAAAGCCCAGUACGAUAGAGUACUGGGGUAUAUCGAGAUUGGAAAAAACGAAGGUGCCAAGAUCGCUGCCGGAGGCCAUGCUCUCUCAAUUGGAGACAAAGGCAAGGGCUAUUUCAUCUCCCCCACCGUCUUCACCGAAGUAAAUACUUCGAUGCGCAUUUACCAGGAAGAAAUCUUUGGUCCCGUCGUUGUUAUCCUACGAUUCAAGACGGAAGAAGAAGCGAUAGAACUGGCCAAUGACUCAAUCUAUGGCCUAGGAGCUGCCGUCUUUACCAAGGACCUGGAAAGGGCUCAUCGUGUGUCAGCUGAGAUCGAAUCUGGGAUGGUUUGGGUCAACAGCAGCCAAGAUUGCGAUCCGCGAAUACCCUUUGGAGGUGUUAAGCAGAGUGGUAUCGGCAGAGAGCUUGGAGAGGCGGGCCUGGAAGCGUAUUCUCAGACCAAAGCUGUGCAUGUCAAUAUGGGAAAUCGGUUAUAGAUGCAUUGACUCGGGAAUAACCGACAUCUCUACUUCAUAACGCGGUAGUAUCAUUUUAAUGUUCUAAUGUCAUAGAGGGGAAAACAAAAUUACAGCGUAAGAUUAAAUG